AUGAAGAUAUCACAUAUAGAGGAUGGACUUCUUGUCAUCGAGCAUGGUGAAGUGAACAGGAGCUUAAACAAGCUGAUCAUGUUUGAUCUUGACCUGACAUUGAUCUGUAACAGCCCUGAUGAAACAUCUACAGAUUGGAGAUAUCUAUUUAGGGAGGUGCCUAUCAAAAUAAAGGAACUAAACAAUCAAGGCUACUUCAUCGGAAUAGCCUCAAACCAAUCACGACUUAUCCGGAUUAACGCUCUAGAAGCAUUUGUGAAGAAGGUGUGUAGCAUCCUUGCUGAUCUGGGUGUUCCGAUUAUCUUCCUAGCAGCCUUGAAGAAGAAUGAGUAUAGGAAGCCAUCUACAGGGAUGUAUGAAUAUAUAUGCAAGGAAUAUAUAGACGAGUCCAAAAUAACCAAAAAGAUUUAUGUGGGUGAUGCCGUAAAUUGUUCUCUCGGCCCUGGCCAUACGAAUUCGUGUGAUAGCAAGUUUGCAUAUAAUGCUGGAAUGGAAUUCAAGCAUCCAGAUGAGUUUUUCAGAGGUACCCAAGUAAUAUACUUCCACGACUACCUUGACAUUCAGAAAUAUAGAAGAGGGCAAUUCGAAGCUGACGGGCAGAAGGAAAUAGUGUUUGUUUUCGGAAGAAGAAAGCACUGUGGAAAAAGAUUUUUUGCCAGAAAAUAUUUUCCAGACCACAAGAUUAUUUCCGAAAAAGAAUUUUCUGGUAACCUAAAAAGCUGUGUACUGAUCAAUUGCAAGGAUAAAGGUUUUAUUGAGAUGGUUAUGAGCAAGCAUCCUGACAGAUACUCAAUCUACUAUCUGAACUAUCCAGACCAAGUGAUAAACUACUUAAAAACCUUGGCAGCUCUUUCUGGAGAAGAAGACAAGGAAUUCGUACCGAUUGACCCUGGCAUACUCAGCAUCGUUAAAAGAUAUGGUGUCGAAGUCCCAUUUAUAUUUGAUAGCUCCGGAUUUGGAGAGAAAAAGGUAAAGCUAUCGAGAAUGCAAUUGUAG